UCCUCUGGACUCCACCCUGCUCUUCACUGUUCCGGGAAAUGUUCUUCACUGCUGCUGCUGCUGCUCAACAUACAGGACAGACCUGAGGGAACAGACGGGCAGGCCGCCGAACAACUUCAUAUUAACCACAAACCUAACCGAAUCUCUUCAGUAGGCUACUUUGGAGUUUUUUGGAAACAGAGAGGACUUUCCGAUACCGGAAAGACUUCCAGUUUUCCCAUUUUACCGCUAAGAAAUAUUAGGUUACGACCAGACUGUUUCUUUCGUUGACAUCUCAUAGUUGGUAAAAUGUCCAGGUCAGACUACCCUCCAGGGUACGAUGACACCCGGGACCUGCUGUAUGCACCUCAGGGUGGAAAUUACCCACCACCCCCUGCGUAUGGCUUCCCUGGCUUUGGUGGUCCCCAGCCAGGCCAGCCCUCUGCUCCCUACCCCGCUGGUCCAAACGCUUCUAUGUAUCCAGGCCAGCCAGGGGGCUAUCCUCGGGGCCAGCCAGGGGGCUAUCCUCAGAGCCAGCCAGGGGGCUAUCCUCAGAGCCAGCCAGGGGGCUAUCCUCAGAGCCAGCCAGGGGGCUAUCCUCAGGGCCAGCCAGGGGGCUAUCCUCAGGGCCAGCCAGGGGGCUAUCCUCCCGGCCCGUACCCAGGACAGCCUCACUCUGGAGCUGGCUACCCCAGUCACCCUCCCAUGCCCCCUGUCAUGCCACCUACCAUACCAUCAGAUAUCCUGAGCUCGGGUGAUGAAUUUGCGGCAAGCGACAGCGGUUGGGACAGUCUGAGCAUUCGUCAUGCCUUUAUCCGAAAGGUGUAUUUGAUUUUGGCGUCUCAGCUCCUUGUCACCACAGCCAUUGUGGCCGUAUUCACAUUUGUCCAACCUGUCAGAUACUUCGUACAGCGAAACCAAGCUAUCUACUGGGCAUCAUAUGCUGUGUAUAUUGUCACCCACCUUGUGCUGGUCUGCUGUAAGGGCCCCCGGAGAAAGUUCCCAUGGAACGUCAUUCUGCUGUUCCUCUUUACCCUGGCUUUGUCCUACAUGACUGGAUCCAUUUCCAGUUACUACGAUACAAAAGCAGUGUUUCUCGCUCUGGGGAUCACUGCCGUCGUCUGCAUCGCUGUCACCGUCUUCUGCUUCCAGACAAAGGUGGACUUCACCAAGUGCCAGGGCCUCUUCUGUGUCCUGGGUAUUGUGAUGUUGGUGACUGGCAUCAUUGCAACUAUUGUGCUGUCAUUCAAAUAUAUUCUGUGGCUUCAUAUGCUUUAUGCAGCGAUGGGAGCCAUAGUUUUCACUAUGUUCCUAGCGUACCACACGCAGCUGCUGAUAGGGAACAGGAAGCACUCUAUCAACCCAGAGGAGUACGUGUUCGCUGCGCUCUCAAUCUACGUUGACAUCAUUCAGAUUUUCCUUUUCCUGCUGCAAAUUAUCGGUGCUUCGACCAAAUAAGUGCACCCAAGGGUACGCAAGCAACUUGGGUCAACAGAGUGCAGAUUAACGCCUCCAAAACCAUUCUGUGCCUUUUUUUUUUUUUAAACCUUUUGCUUUGUUUUCAGCCAGAAUCAGAAUACAUUUAUAAAAUCAUGAUGCACUCCGGUGAAAAUGUCUUAGGAAUGAAUUUGAGAUUUGGUCCUAUGACCAAAAAGAUUUUUUCCUGAAAUUAAUUUUUGUGUUUCUGUAUUAAGUGACUUAUCAGUGGUUUAAAAAGAAUAUUAAUACUACAGUAUAAAUACAGCAAAUACCUUGAGACACUGGAUUUAAGUUGAGGCAGACAGCGUCUCAACCUUUCUUCUCUGCAUGUAGAAACUGUGGCCAAUCUGUAUAUAUGUUGAGAAAAUGAGCAACCAUGUUUAUUUUAUGUUUAAACUCCCAAUUUGCCAACAAAGAGGCCCACCUCUCUGGUUGGCUUUGAAGUACAGUAGGGGUUGGCAAUACCACAAAAUUUGUUGAUACCAAGUAAUAUCAGGGCCAGGAUCGUAUUAAUACCGAUACUGAUACUCUUUAUCUUUAUUUAUUUAAGUGUAUGAAUCAUUAAUAGGCUACUUCUAAAUACAUUUUAUUUACCAAUAAUUAGUUUUUCAAACAUAAGGCAUUUCUUUUUACAUUAUAUAUUAUUAUACGCUGUUUAUAGUUCCACAUUUUGGGAAAUACUUUUCUGAGUUUGAUGAAAGGAUUGUCAGGUUAAAAAAAAUGCCUACUAGCACUUCUAAAGCUAACUACUUAUCUUAUUAUAUCGUUUGUUUAAUUCCUAAAAGAACAAAGUGUUUGCUGGACUUUUUCUUCUAGUAACUUCCUGAGCUCGUUUUUAUACUAAGGUUUUUGUACAGACUAAACAAACAAGGUAGAAAGUGUUAUUUAGCGAGCUUUACACGUGCUGGUAGGUUUGUUACCUUUGGACAGACCAGGCUAACCGUUUCCCGUUUUUUUUAGUCUUUAUGCUAAACUAAGCUAGCCCGUUGCCAGCUCGCUUCAUAUUUAGCAUACAGACAUGAGUGAUAUCGAUCACCUCUUUUAACUCUCAGCAAAUGUAUCAAGUGAAUGAGCAUAUUUCUCAAAACAUUGAACUUUAAUGAUGUGCAUGUCAGAAGGCAAAGCAGGCUUUCAUGGUAAAUAGUAAUUGAGAUGUGAAGAGAAGUGUUUAUGUGUAAAAAAAAACAAACCGUGAUGUUACAUGAUGUAACCUUUGGUAAACUACACAUGGUGUCUGCAGUAUUGAUACUUUAGUGAUAGAUCUGCACACCCCUGAAAAACAGCUCGGUACACCUAAUGACAGCCACUGACCUGCUGUCAUGGCUUCAUAUUAACAAGCCUUUGCUAAAGGUUUAAUCCACAUGUUGCUAUAUUGUAACUAUAUAUCGUAACUAUAUGCAUUAUACAUCACUACAGUGCCUUCACAGGGUGAGGUUUCUGCGUUUAGAUUUUUUUUUUUUACUUUAAGAAGGGUUCUAUUCCACCAGUGUUUAUAGUAUUGAUACAUAUGUUCAUGUAUUCUCAUCCAAUCUGGGUCAGAUACUGAGUGCCAGCAGGGUGGGUUUGUCCAUACAGGAUAACACAAUCGGGGCCAUGGUGUUAAGUUAUUGGGACAUUCCUGAAAGUCAGUGAGUUCAAGCUAAUGUGUCCAAAGGCUCCUAAAUGAUCAACCCCAACCAGCUGGUCCUCUGCACAUGUUUAUAUUCAGUAUAGACCCAAGUUACAUAAAACCCUUGACUCAAACAACUAAGGCAGACAUUUUAAUAUGUGCAGCACAGAUGGUCAGUGUGGGGGUAUGGUAGGGUGAUGAGAAAAUGUAUUUGCCUUUUCAUAUUAAAUAAACAUUUGUAUUUCA